UCCUCCGAUUCAGCCUGCCCUUGUGCGAGGCAGGAAGAUAUCUAGAAUAAUACAAAGCAGUUUUAUAUGUCUAAACUUUUACUGAAUCGGUUUUUAUUAAAUCUCAAUGAAGUGUAAUUAACUUUAUUUUUGUAAAUAAUUCUUAAGAAACACACAAAAUGAAUCAUUUGAAGUGUGUUUCGUACAGGUCUUCAUGGUGCCGCUUAAGGAGACCGCAGUCGUCGUUGUCGGCGUUAAAUUCUAAAAUUCAAAUACCACCUAGAAUAGAACGAGGACCUACAGAUAUCUUACGUGCUCUUGAUCAAACAGUACCAAGAAAUCCAAUGAGUAUGCCCUACAAGUACCAAGAUGAUCCCUUUUUACUUCCAUCGAAAAGAAGUGAAGCUAAUUUAUAUUCAUUAUCAUAUGAGUCUGGUAAAAAAAUGGCAAUGUGGAUUCAUAAAGAACAUGAAAAUUUGUUUCCAAGAACUCUUUCGGAACCAGAGAUUAAGUCAUUUAUGCCACCAGCAAUAUAUACAGAUAAGAGUCAAGUAUCUGAAAAACUGUUAUUGAAAACUAUAUCAGAAGUUAACAUAUCAGAUGCAGUGCACAUAUACAAGUUGAUGGAGGGUAAUGUUUCUAACGAAGCUAAACAAUCCCUUUUCGAAUUAUUGUGCUUUUACAAUGGUGAUACAGAAACAUUGGAGAAGUCAUCAAAUGAACGAUGGUUCUUUAGAGUGAAAAAAAGGAAGCAAUGGCAGAAGGAUCCAUUGAUUGAAGAAUUAUAUGAGUUUUUAACAACCCAAGAUUCAAUAACAGCAUCUAAAGCUCAUAAUACCCAGAUAUGCGGCUAUGCAAAAUGGUUGAGGGGCCAAGAUGCUUGGAAGUUGUAUCUGAAGUGUGAAAAAGAAAAAGUUCCGUUAAAUGUUAAUACUUAUAACUAUAUCAUCUCACAAAUUCCAGUAAAUGCAGAAGCAAAUGAUUCAGUAAUAGUAGAUAUCUUAUAUAAUCUUCUUCAAUCUAUGAAUCAGAGAGGGAUUCUACCAAAUGUUAGGACACUGAAUGCUGCUCUUAAGGUAGCCUCUUCAGUGUCAACGCUUUCCACGGCUGAACAACUUGUAAAACAUUUAUUUAUAGAAUUCAAAAGACUAAACAUAAAAUUUUCUUUAGGCUCAUUUUAUUAUGCUAUUGUCGUAUUCACCCGUAAAGGUGACGACACUUACCCUUAUUUCAUGGAUAUCCUAGAUGUAGUUUCAAGAGAAAACUUCACUAUUCAAGAUCCGAUAGACAAUAAAUUUUUUGUAGAAGCUAUGGAGACAGCUUCAAAGUAUUACUCAAAUAAGCAAGCUGGUGAAAUAGUACACAAUCUUCUAUUAACUGGCGAAAAUAACAAAUUUUUAUCUCAUUCAGCAAUUGAGAAGAAUUAUUAUAAUUCGUACCUUUCAUUGAUGUUAUCAACAAAUACGCUACAGCAAUUUAUGGAGUAUUACCGAAACGUUGUUCCAGGUUUUUUCCUACCAGACUUUGUGCUAAUGUACAAAAUUUUCUGUUCCAUGAGACCAUAUCCACCAGAAGUUCUAGAAGAAUGUUUACCAAAAUAUUGGUUAGAUGCAAUGACAUAUGGACUAACAAAAUGUGAUGUGUGCUUGGUUGCAGUGGAAUUAAUGCAAAGUAUUCCUUUACCGCCUGAAUCACCAUUAACAGCAGUAUUUACAGAUGCAGCUUUGAACACUUGGAGUUACAUAACAAACAACAUACAUUCACGGUCGUAUAACCAGGAGCAGUUUUCUGCAGUUACAAUGGGCCACAUAACAUUGCUCUUAUUACGAGGUGGUCGUACAAAAGAUGCUUAUUAUUGA